CCAUGAAGAAGAAGUCUGUGUGUUGCGGCCUGUCUGCUCUGGAGGUGACUCUCAUAGUUCUCUUCAUCGGCAUGACAGCAGUCAGCGUCACUCUCAUUGUCCUGCUAACUACAGAUACAUCAGAUGAGGACCUGAGAACAACAAGACCCCCGAUUAUUACUACACACGAACCAACUACACCUCCGACUCCAAAGAAUCCAUACCUAAUUGGAAUUGGCCGGGCCGACUGCACCGGACCCGCAGCUGACAUUCCGCUGAUGGGAUACGCUAAUCCAAAUCAGAAGGCUGCCGGAAUACAUACCCGCCUGUUUAGUCGCGCUUUCAUCAUUGAUGACGGGAAUAAGAGAGUCGUGUUUGUGACAGCAGAUGUGGGCAUGAUAUCACAGAGACUCCGACUGGAGGUUCUGAAGGCUCUGCAGGUGAAAUAUGGCGAUCAGUAUCGUCAGGACAAUGUGGUGAUGAGUGGCACGCAUACACACGCAGGUCCAGCCGGAUAUUUCCAGUACACACUUUUCAUUAUCACCAGCAGUGGAUACAUCCCAGCUUCCAUCCAGCCUCUAGUCGAUGGCAUCGUGAAGAGUAUAGACAUCGCCCACCAGAACAUGCGACCUGGACGAAUCUUCAGGAACCGAGGAGUUCUGGAUGAAAGCAGCCUAAACCGAAGUCCUCACUCGUACAUGAAUAACCCGCAAGAGGAAAGAGACAGGUACAAUAGCAAUACUGACAAGCAGGUGCUGGUGCUGAAGUUCACUGACUUGGAUGGAGAUGGAAUUGGGAUGCUCAGCUGGUUUGCAGUCCAUGCCGUCAGCAUGAACUUCACCAACCGCAUGGUGAGUAGCGACAACAUGGGGUACGCCUCCUACCUGAUGGAGCAGGACAAGAACCACGGAGCUCUACCAGGACAGGGAAACUUUGUGGCUGGGUUCUCGUCAAGUAACCUUGGAGAUGUUAGCCCAAACACUAAAGGACCACGAUGCAUCAACACUGGACUGAAAUGUGACUAUCUGAACAGCUCCUGUCCAGUUGGAGGGAGCAGAAUGUGUUUGGCGUUUGGACCUGGUGAGGACAUGUUUGACAGCACUAGAAUAAUUGGACACAAUAUAUACAUGAAGGGGAAGGACCUUUACAGAAGCGCAGUAGAGGAAGUCACGGGCCCCCUCCAUGCAGCGCAUCAAUGGGUGGACAUGACAAACGUGACUGUCAAGAUCAACAACACACACUCAGGAAGGACAUGCAAACCUGCUCUGGGUCACAGUUUUGCCGCUGGGACAACAGAUGGAGGAGGAGACCUCAACUUUACUCAGGGGGCAACGGAGGGUGACCCAUUCUGGGACGGGAUCAGAGAUGCUCUCCUGGGAAAGCCUUCCAACGAGACCACAGAAUGUCAUAGUCCAAAACCCAUCCUGCUCAGCACAGGAGAGAUGAACAAGCCUUUGCCAUGGCACCCAAAGAUUGUUGACGUUCAAAUGAUUACCAUUGGAUCAGUCGCUGUUGUAGCCAUUCCAGGAGAGAUGACCACCAUGUCCGGCCGGCGGCUGAGAGAGGCAGUUAAACAGGAGCUUCAGUCUGAAGGUUCAUUCCAAAACUUGGAGGUGGUGAUUGCAGGCCUGAGUAAUGUUUACACACAUUACAUCACGACCUAUGAGGAGUACCAGAUCCAGCGGUAUGAGGGAGCUUCCACCAUCUACGGUCCACACACACUCAGUGCUUACAUUCUCCAAUACCGGACCUUGGCCCGCGCCAUUGCCCAAAACAGAGUAUCAGAUCUUCCCAGUGGCCCUGCACCUCCUUUCUUUGAAAAAAAUCUGAUCAAUCUGGUACCAGCGCCGCAGACUGACAAAGCCCCGACUAAUAUGACCUUUGGUGAUGUGCUGGAGCAGGUGUACCCCGUCUAUAGACAGGGUGACGUGGUCUCGGUAACUUUCGUGGCGGGAAACCCACGACACUCUGGAGACAUAAGAGACAAAUCCUUUGUGACUGUGGAGAUUCAUGACAACAGAACCAACACCUGGGAGGUGAUCCACAAUGAUGCCUCAUGGGAGACCAGGUUCCACUGGCUGAAAGGAUCUGGUCGCCAAAGCAACACCACAGUGGAGUGGCACACCUCACAGAUGACCCGUACUGGCCGCUAUAGAAUCCGACAUUUUGGACACUACAAACAAAUGAAAGGCUUACGGCCAGUGAUUACACCGUACACUGGCGCGUCCGAUGAUUUCACUGUUGUGGCUAGUUACUACCGCAGCUGA